AUGCGGCGCAAUCGAACCCUCCUGGCAUCACCGUUGAAAAAUUCAGCUACGACCCCGAAUUCCCGGACAAAAGCGACGCAAUUGUUGAGUGAUGGGCUGGGCGAAGAUGAAGGUGACGAUACGGAAGAAGAUGAAGAAACAUUGCAGUUGAAAUUAGCUGCCAUUCAGGCACGGCUUAAGCUGAAACAGCUACAGAAAAACCGUGGAAAGGCAGGAACACCCCAUGCAGAACGACAGCAGGGUGCGGACGCGCUGUCUAGGCCGGCAUCCUCAGUCAGCUUCUCAUCGUUUACUCAAAAUCAGGCGCCAAAAAGCAAGUUCCUGCAAGAGACAAAGAAUCAGGAUGGCUCCGGUGAUAUCCAGGUACCGCUGUCACCAACAAGGCGCUCUAGACCGCAGCUGGAGCCCACAUCUCCGGGAAGGUAUAGGCUGGGUAUUGACAAGGGGCUCAAGGGUAGUGACGUAUCUCUGAGACGCCCGCCCAGUUCAAGAGGUGUUGAAACACGGCCCACUAGCCGACUCGGCAGUCGUGAUGGUCCAAUAUCUCAUUUACGAGACACGUUGGCGCCCCAGUCUCAUUCGUUCGAGGACCGGCGUCCUAAGAGUUUCAGUGAGCGGAUGGCCGAGGGCCGAGCUGCUGAGAAAGCUCGGAGGGAACGAGAUGUCAAAGUUGAGCAAAUACGAGCAAAGCGCAGUUCUGCCUUUGAGUACGACAAAGCCGAGAUGGAAGCGCUCAAGGCAGCUGCGGCGGAAAGAAGACCGAAUUCCCCUUCCAAGCCAACGACAAGAAGCGGACGUACUGACAGCUUCAGCCGCGACGAUAUCAUGAGGUCGAUUAACAAUAUCAAACCCUCUCUGAAGAGAAGCCAGACAACUCCCAGUCUACGGAGGACGGAGGAAACCGAGACCAAAUCAUUUCUGCAGCGGCGUAGUCAAAAGCCGGAAGCGCAAUCAUUUCCUCCUCAGCCAGGAAGCUCUCGAACAAACAGUUUUACCGAUGAAGCUUCUAACGAAGCCGAGAGGGUGCUGGAAAAGCCACCGGAUGCGUCAAAAUACGAACCUUUCUCUCAACUUCAUCUUUCAAACCGUAUCCUACCUCAUUCCUUUAUGGACCGGACCCUUAAAGAUAAGAAGGUCCUCCGCAUUCCAGAUCUUCUUCGGAUAAUCAAGGGUCCGCCCUUUGAGCUUCCAGAAGACAUUGACACAGACUACGUUGUCUUCGGUAUAGUAGCCUCCAAAUCGGAUACUAAACAAGUAAAAGAGGCGAAAUCUGUCACUGCACAAGCGGCCGAUCCAUUCGACGACGGUUUGAACAACAGAAAUCAGUAUAUGGCAAUUACUCUCACUGACUUGAAGUGGACUAUUGACUUGUUUCUAUUUGAUACGGCCUUUCCACGGUAUUACAGACUCUCCGAAGGGACCCUAAUCGCCAUUUUGAAUCCUACAAUACUCCCCCCACCAAAGGGAAAGCUUGACACAAAUCGGUUCAGUUUAAGCAUCUCUUCCUCAGAUGACACAAUCCUUGAGGUCGGGUCCGCGCGGGACAUUGGCUAUUGUAAAGCUGUCAGAAAGGACGGUAAAAUCUGCCAAGUAUGGGUUGACGGUCGGAAGACCGAAUUCUGCGACUUUCACGUUGAUCUGCAACUACGCCGCGCACAAGCAGAUCGCAUGGGGGUAAACAAUGGAACAGGCUUGUUUGGCCCUGGGGGUCGCUCUGGGUAUCGCACCGGCUUUUAUGGCGGUCAAAAGCGAUCUACACAGAAAGGGUCUGGAGAGGGACUUCUCAGGGCAGAUGGCGCACAUUACGACCAUGGGACCCAGUCAUUAUACUAUGUGGCACCCAGCUUGAAACCGAAUAAUACUAACAAGUCCCUGUUUCAUCACCUACACCCAGGCCAGUCCGCAGCUAGCCUCAUUGAUGCAGACGUGGACGACCCGUUUUUGGCGGCCGGCAUGAUGGGCCGCGGCGCGGAGAACAAAGGAGAGCGCUUUCGUCGGCGUCUAGUCGAGAAGCAGAAGGAAAAAGAAAUCACCCAGAUGAUAACCUCCACACGCGCUGGAGGAGUCGCUGGAGAAUAUCUGCGAGCACAGAAUAAUGAGAAUACCCGCAUUACAGACUCGACCCGAUCCGGAGCACAGCACGGAAGGACGGACUCCAGAGAUCUGAAACCACAACUUAGCUCCCUCGCCGGCGAUAAACCGCUCGGCAUGAACUUCAGACGGGCUGAGGCAGUGCGCCUCAGCCCUAAGAAGCGUGCGCAUGACGGCGAUAGGCCCUAUGGAAGCGGCGUAAAGAAAACACGCUUUAUAACAUCUAAGGGGAUCAAAGAGGCUGGCAGGGACAGCCUGGGAGGCGUCUCAAACGCCACGCCUCGAACGGAUGAUUAUGAUGACGAUGAUGAAUUGGAAAUUGUCUGA